AUGGACGUGAUUGUGAGUGCUGGCAACGGUAGCAACCCGGCGGCCCCAUCGCCGGUUCCACCAACCGCACCAACUGCUUCCGCCGUGGCCGCGGCCAUCGCCUCCCGUUCGCUGCGAGUGCGCACAUCGAGUCAGAGCGGUGGAAAGCAGUACGGGGAGGCGCUCAGCGAGAUUCAGCUCUGCCCGAGCGUCAUGUCAGAGGGCACCCGGAAGAUGCUGCCCCCGACCACGGAAACCAUCCAAACGAAACCGUUCCCGAUUCGAGGUGAACGAGCUAACUAUGUCAAUAGUCCGCAUGUUAUAGCGAUGGUUGGUUUACCGGCCCGUGGUAAGACUUAUAUAUCGAAGAAACUGUCCCGCUACCUAAACUGGAUUGGUAUCAACACGAAGGUGUUCAACCUGGGCGAGUACAGGCGGCAUGCAACCGAUGCCUAUCGCAGCCAUGAGUUUUUCCGUCCCGACAAUGAGGAAGCAAUGGCCAUUCGGCAGCACUGUGCUGAAUUGGCUUUAGAAGACGUGUGUAACUGGCUGGAAAAUGGUGGUGAAGUGGCGGUAUUCGAUGCCACAAAUUCGACCAGGGAUCGCCGGCAAAUGAUCCGCGAGAUUGUAGUGAAAAAAAUGGGUUACAAGCUCUUUUUCGUUGAAUCAAUCUGUGACGAUCCAAGCAUUAUUGAGCAAAAUAUUAUGGUCAAGCUUAGUGGUUUGGAGCAUCAUCCACCACUGCUUCCAAGCGAGGAAGUAAAAGUAAGUAGUCCUGACUAUCGGAAUAUGAACAUGGAUGAAGCCCUAUCCGAUUUUCGGCUGCGAAUCGAACACUAUCAAGAACGUUAUGAACCGUUGAGUGAGGAACUGGAAAAGGAUCUAUCUUAUAUGAAGAUAUACAACACUGGUGAAAAGGUAGUCGUUCAUAAGCACGAGGGUCAUAUACAGUCGCGCAUAGUGUAUUAUUUGAUGAACAUACACAUCACCCCCAGAACAAUCUAUCUCACUCGGCAUGGCGAAAGUGAGCAUAAUUUACAGGGACUGAUCGGUGGUGAUUCGAACCUCAGUGAUCGAGGGCGCCGGUACGCACAAGCAUUAGCGAAAUACAUCGACGAGCAACAGAUAGAAGGGUUACGCGUGUGGACGUCUUGGUUGAAAAGAACAAUCCAAACCGUUGCCGAUGUGAACGCACCUCAGGAACGCUGGAAGGCACUUAACGAAAUUGAUGCUGGAAUAUGUGAGGAGAUGACUUAUGAGGACAUUCAGCAACGCUUUCCGGAAGAAUUUAAGGCCCGUGAUCAAAACAAAUUCGCCUAUCGUUACCCGCGCGGGGAAAGCUACGAAGAUUUGGUCGUUAGGCUGGAACCCGUUAUGAUGGAGCUGGAACGACAAGGCAAUGUACUCGUUGUGUCUCAUCAGGCCGUACUACGCUGCGUUUUGGCAUACUUUUUGGAUAAGUCGGCUGAUGAGUUGCCGUAUUUGAAAGUGCCUCUACACACUAUUAUAAAGCUAACGCCAGUCGCGUACGGCUGCAAGGUCGAGCACAUUAUGCUGCCCAUCCAUGCAGUCGAUACGCAUCGUGCCAAACCGGAGAACGAACAGGAUCUGGACGAUUCCUUCGACAGCACCGGGGGCGGUAGCCCCCCGAACGGAAAGCAGAUUAUUCUCAACGGUUCAAACGGAGAGUGCCGUUUCUUUCCCAACAGCUCUUAA